CUUCACAAUCCAAGGUUUAGCACUCUCAGAUAAUUACCCUAACUUUCUGCUUCUAGAUAAAUGGGAUGGGAAAACUUGUCCAGCAUCACAGAAUUUUUUCUCCUGGGGUUCUCAGAACAGAAGGAGCAGCAGGAGGUGCUCUUUGGACUGUUUCUGUCCAUGUACCUGGUCACUGUGGCAGGCAAUCUCUUCAUCAUUCUGGCCAUUAUUUCUGAUGUUCAACUCCACAAUCCCAUGUACUUCUUUCUGGCCAACCUCUCCUUUGCUGAUGCAUGUUUUGUGUCCACCACAGUCCCCAAGAUGCUGUCAAACAUAUGGAUCCAGCAACAGGUCAUCUCUUAUGCAGGAUGUCUAUCACAACUGUAUUUUUUCAUGUUAUUUGUGAUGUUGGAGGCAUUCCUCUUGGCUGUCAUGGCCUAUGAUCGUUACGUGGCCAUAUGUCACCCACUCCACUACAUCAUGGUCAUGAACCCUGGGCUCUGCGUCCUCCUUGUCCUUGUAUGUUGGAUCCUGAAUGCCAUCCACUCGCUCCUACACACACUCCUGAUGAACAACCUGUCCUUCUGUGCAAACCAUGAGAUCCCUCACUUCUUCUGUGACAUCAACCCACUCCUGAACCUGUCCUGUACAGACCCCUUCAUCAAUGAGCUGGUGAUCUUCACGGUCGGGGGCCUGGCAGGCCUAGUGUGUGUACUUUGCCUGAUUAUCUCUUAUGCAUAUAUUUUCUCAACCAUCCGGAAGAUCCCCUCAGCUCAGGGAAAGCGGAAAGCCUUUUCCACCUGCAGCUCUCAUCUCUCUGUGGUGUCUCUUUUCUUUGGGACUUCCUUUUGUGUUUAUUUCAGUCCCCCCUCAGCCCGUUCAGCACAAAAAGGUACAGUUGCAUCAGUGAUGUACACCGUGGUUACCCCAAUGCUGAAUCCCUUUAUCUAUAGUUUAAGGAACCGAGACAUCAAGUCUUCCCUGAGAAAGCUCUUAUGGGCUAGGAAGAUACAUUCCCCUUAG